AUGGGCUUGGUGGACUACUCAGACUCGGAUUCCGAUGCCGAACUUCCACAACCACAGGCACAGAAACCAGCGUCUGUCCCGGCAGCCAGCGCCGCAAACAAUAAGAAGCCAUUUCAGAAACUUGUCGGAGGCUCAGGCAAGAUCGUUGUCAACUUACCGACCACGAGCGCGGCAGGCAAGACAGCCGACAAUGACGAGCCACCCGCGAAACGCGCCAAAACGACGACCGGCGGAAGUCGAUUCGGCAAUUUUGGCUCUUUCUUACCACCACCGAAGAAGACAACUGCCAUCGCUGCAUCAUCCGAUUCCUCUGCGAGGCAGCCAGGCUCAGCGCCGGCACCAAGGGUGAACUUGAGGACAGGCACGGAACCAGCUUUUGUAAGAGGAGGAGACGACGGCUAUGGCGAUAGCUCAUCGACAUCAGGAAACGGUGGCCUCAACCUCCCAGCUCCCAAAAAGAGCUCUGGCCCAUCAAUACCCGAGGGUCAGAAACCAGAAUCGGAGGUCAAGCUGGUGGGGAAGCCGCUCAUGUUCAAGCCGCUUUCAGUUGCGAGGAAGAAGACUGGACUGAACGCCAAAAAGAAGACGACACCAACAGCGACAGUAGCGAAGACUGAGGUUCCAGCGCGAGUGUCGACACCGACAGAAGCAGUGAUCACAGACCCGCCAGUACCCCCGAGUCCGCAAAAGAAACAUGUCUCCCUGUUCUCUGUCGACGACGACGAAGAUGCUCCUCCACCUGUCCCCACGGCCACAACAACCACGGGCGCCUACGAGCCUUUCUUCACAGUCCCAGAACCCUCUCCUACCUUACAACACGCACAUGAUGUCACAGCGCCUUACCCUGUAGAAACAACCCAACCUUCAAACCCGGUACCGGACGCGUUUGCCGGCCUUUCCAAGGCAGCCCGCCGUGAGCUUUUUGGUCGCUCGGACCAAGUACCGACCAACAUGAUAAACUUCAACAUGGAAGCCGAAUACAACUCCAACGAAGCCCUCAGACAGUCGGGUGAGCAGCAGGUUUACAAUCCGAUCAGAUCGAUUGCUCCAGGCAAGCACAGCUUGAGACAGGUGGUCAACAUGGCCCAGAACAACCAGAGUGCCCUGGAGGAUAGCUUUGCCAAAGGCAAGCAGAACAAAAGUGACGCUGCAGGGAGAUAUGGAUGGAAGUGA